AUGACUACGAGGACUACAGCGGUGCACCGCCGGCGCCGGACGCGCGCGCGCGCACUCGAUCAAACCCACCCUCGCGUUUUAGGUCCGACGCCGCGGCUCGGCUGGCUGUUGAACAUGGUGCCGACGACGUUCCAGCGCGGCGACAGCGAGCUCGCCGGGCUCGAGCUCUUCCUGCUGAGCAAGGACGCGAAGUCGAACUUCCGGGUCACGAUCGCGCACGCGCCGUACUUCUACGUCGCCGUCGCGCUCAAGUUCGCGUCCUUCGGCGAGCAGGUGCGGUCGUCGCUGGCGCGGCGCUUCGAGGUCGAGGGCUGCGUCGUCGAGGCCGUGACGCUGGAGGACCUCGACGCGCCGAACCACGUCGCGGGCGCGAAGCGGACCUAUUUAAAGCUGAGCUUCGACAACGUCCGCGAGCUCAUGAACGUGAAGCGCGAGCUCGCGCCCGUCGUCUGGGCGAACCGGGACCGCUUCGAGGCCGAGGCGCGGUCGAGCGGCGGCGGCGCCGCGGGCGAGGCGCGGUCCGCGCCCGAGGACGUGCUCGACAUGCUCGACGAGAUCCGCGAGUACGACGUGCCCUACUACAUGCGCGCGGCCAUCGAUUUGAAUAUUCGCGUCGGCGCCUGGCACACCGUGAGCCCCGACGCGGCCAAGGGCGGCGGCGACGAGGACGCCGCGGACGGCGCGGACGUCGCGGGCGCGUUCCAGGCCGUCUGGCAGCAGGACGUCAUCGAGAAGCCCGCGCCCCGGGUUUUGGCCUUCGACAUCGAGUGCACGAAGGCGCCCCUCAAGUUCCCCAACGCCGACGUCGACGAGGUCUUCAUGAUCUCCUACAUGGUCGACGGCGUCGGCUACCUCAUCAUCUCGCGCGAGGUCGUCUCCGAGGACAUCGACGACUUCGAGUACACGCCCAAGCCCGCGUUCCCGGGCCCCUUCUCCGUCUUCAACGAGCCCGACGAGCUCGCGUUACUGAAGAAGUUCAUCAACCACUGCAAGGAGAUCAAGCCCCACGUCUUCGUGACCUACAACGGCGACUUCUUCGACUGGCCGUUCCUCGCGAACCGCUGCGAGAAGCACGGCAUCUCGUUGCAGAACGAGCUGGGCAUCGAGAACAAGAACCACCCCGAGCAGGGCGAGUGGCGCGGCCGCGCGGGCUGCGUCCACCUCGACUGCUUCGCCUGGGUCAAGCGCGACUCCUACCUGCCGCAGGGCAGCCAGGGCCUCAAGGCCGUGACCAAGUACAAGCUCGGCUACGACCCCGUCGAGGUCGACCCGGAGGACAUGGUCAAGUUCGCCCACACGCAGCCCAACGUGAUGGCGGCCUACUCCGUCUCCGACGCCGUGGCGACCUACUACUUGUACGAGGUCUACGUGAAUCUGUUCAUCUUCUCGCUCUGCACGGUGAUCCCCAACGGCGCCGAGGACGUGCUCCGCAAGGGCUCGGGCACGCUCUGCGAGGCGCUCUUGAUGGUCGAGGCCUACCGCGCGUCCGUCGUCUGCCCGAACAAGCAGAACGAGCCCCACCUGCUGCGCAAGGAGGGCCGCGUCGUCGAGUCGGAGACGUACGUCGGCGGCCACGUCGAGUCGCUCGAGUCGGGCGUCUUCCGGUCCGACAUCGCGACGCACUUCUCCGUGGACCCCGCGGCCCUCGAGACCCUGAUCGCCAACGUCGACCGCGACUUGGAAUUCCACGCGAAGACGGAGGGCGACGGCGCGACGAAGGACCAGGUCGCGAACUUCGACGACGUCCGGGCCCAGAUCGUCGCGUCCCUGCAGGCCUUGCGCGACGCGCCGGAGACGACGGAGUGCCCGAAGAUCUACCAUUUGGACGUCUCCGCCAUGUACCCGAACAUCAUCCUCACGAACCGGCUGCAACCGACGGCGAUCGUCGACCGCGCCGCGUGCGCGGGCUGCGACUACAACCAGGACCGCAACGGCUGCAAGCGGCCCAUGGACUGGAUCUGGCGCGGCGAGCUCAACCCGGCCGCGCCGUCCGAGGUCGCCCAGCUCAACCGCCAGCUCCAGUACGAGGUCGUCGACGGCACGCAGCACACCUUACUCUCGAAGAAGGACCAGGCCCAGCGCCUCAAGGCGCGCCUCAAGGACUACUCCCAAAAGGUCUACAAGAAGACGCGCGAGGUCAAGGAGGAGCCGCGCACGGACGUCGUCUGCAUGCGCGAGAACUCGUUUUACGUGGACACGGUCCGCGCGUUCCGCGACCGCCGCUACGAGUACAAGGGCCUCACCAAGGCCUGGAAGAAGAAGCGCGUGAAAGCGGAGGCGGCCAAGGACUCCAAGGCCCGCAAGACCGCGGAGGACAAGGAGCUCCUCUUCGACUCGCUCCAGCUCGCGCACAAGUGCAUCCUCAACAGCUUCUACGGCUACGUCAUGCGCAAGGGCGCGCGGUGGCGGUCCAUGCCCAUGGCCGGCAUCGUCACGCUCACGGGCGCGAACCUCAUCACCCAGGCGCGCGAGCUCGUCGAGAAGGUCGGGAGGCCCCUCGAGCUCGACACGGACGGCAUCUGGUGCAUGCUGCCGUCGUCGUUCCCCGAGGACUACACGCUCGAGAUCGUCGGCGCCGACGGGUCCACGUCGAAGCUGCCCUUCUCCUACCCCUGCGGCAUGCUCAACGCCGACGUCCACGCCAACUACACGAACCACCAGAUGCAGACGCUCAACGGCGCCGGCGGCUUCGACACGACCAGCGAGUGCUCCAUCUUCUUCGAGGUCGACGGGCCCUACAAGUGCAUGGUCAUCCCGUCGUCGACGGAGGAGGGCAAGCUCCUCAAGAAGCGCUACGCCGUCUUCAACCCCGACGGCACGCUCGCGGAGCUCAAGGGCUUCGAGCUCAAGCGCCGCGGCGAGCUCGAGCUCAUCAAGGCGUUCCAGGGCGAGCUCUUCGACACGUUCCUCGCGGGCGACACGCUCGAGUCGUGCUACGCGGCCGUCGCCGACGUCGCCAACGCCUGGUUGGAUGUUAUGGACGCCAAGGGCGGCGACAUGGACGACGAGGAGCUGCUGGAUUUGAUCUCGGAGAACCGGUCGCUGUCGCGCGAGGUCAAGGAGUACGAGGGCCGGAAGAUGACGUCGCUGACGACGGCGCAGCGCAUCGCCGACUUCCUCGGCGACGACAUGAUCCAGGGCAGCGGGCUCCAGUGCAAGCUCGUCAUCUCCGAGCGGCCGCGCGGCACGCCCGUCACCGAGCGCGCGGUGCCGACGAUCAUCUUCUCCGCGGAGCCCGCGGUGCGCAAGCACUACCUGCGCAAGUGGCUCAAGGACCCGGCGGCCCAGAACCUGGGCAUCAAGGACGUCAUCGACUGGAAGUACUACCGCGAGCGCCUGGACGCCGUGAUCCGGAAGAUCAUCACGAUCCCCGCGGCGCUCCAGGGCGUCGAGAACCCCGUGCCCCGCGUGCCCCACCCGGAGUGGCUCCGCAAGAAGGUCGCGGAGCGCGACGACGGCCGCAAGCAGACGAAGAUCGACGAUCUGUUCGCCAAGGCCGCGGCGAAGGAGAACGACGGCACGAAGCGCCGGAAGAAGCUCCUAGACCUCGAGGACAUCGCCGGCGGCGCGCCGGCGGGCGGCGCCGGGGUCGCGCGCAGGAUCGGCACGCCCGGCGCCGGCACGCAGCGCAAGCGGCCCCUCGGCGCGAACGCGCCCGACGCGCCGGCGCCCGAGGCCGAGCUCUGCGCGGGCAAGGACGCGCCGCAGCUCGGCCUCGCGGCCAAGAAGGUGCCCGAGGCCGACUUCCGCGCCUGGCUCGCGGACCGCAAGCAGCGCUGGCGCCGCCGCCGCGCCAAGGCGACGGCGUCGACGGCGACGAAGGCCUUCCGGUCGCGGCCCGGCGCGCUCGCGGCGCCGAAGAAGGGCCCGGGCAAGCGCCUCAACGUCAGCGACCUCGUCAAGCAGUCGACGCGGUCCCUCACGCGCGGCACCUGGCGCGUCCUCGAGCUGCGCGACACGGAGACGCCGGGCCUGUUGAACGCGUUCGUCGUCACGGACGUGGGGCACCUCCAGCGCGUCGCCGUCUCCGUCGCGAAGACGCUCUACGUGUCGUCGUCCAACGAGGCGUGCCUCAAGAUCGCCCGCGACACCUUCGGCGGCCGCAAGGCGCCCAACCUCACGGUCCCCGGCGACGAGCUCCGGCGCGGCGCGCAGCUGUUGGAGCUCCGCGCGGCCGCGCGCGACGUCGACGCGCACGACGGCGCGCUCGCGCGCUUCCUCCACCACCCGGGCCUCGACGGCGUCUACGAGCGCCUGGCGCCGGACUGGUACCGGAGUUUGCUCUCCGUGGGGGGCACGUGCCGCCUCGCGCCGUCCGCGGCCAAGGCGACGGAGGCGCGCCUCGCGAAGGGCGCUCAGUCCGUCGCCGCGGAGGACCUCGAGCUCGCCGACCUUCCGGCGUCCGAGGGCUACGGCUUGCUCGACGACGGCCCGGGCGUGCCCGUCAAGGUCUGCUACCUCUACCACAGCGUCUGCGCGCGGACGGGCCGGUGCCUCGUCGGCCUCGCGAUGCUCGAGCGGUCCAAGGACGACGGGUCCCUCAAGCCCGCGCUCGCGUCGCUGGUCUUGGGCGACCCCAAGGCGAAGAAGGGCGACCGGCCGCCGGCGCUGAAGCGCACCUGGGACGUCAUCUCGGGCCGCGACGACGCGGACGACGGCGAGACGCAACGGGAGUUCGGCCCGCUGACCGUCGACCGCGCGGAGGUCGCCAAGCACGAGAGCUCGGCGCUCGCCGCGGCGUCGACGGCCCUGGCGUCCUACGCGGCGGACCGCCGGGGCCCGACCGUCGUCAUCGUCGAGUCGUCGAGCUCCGCGGCGAGCUUGCGGCGGUCGCUGCCGUCGCUCGGCGACUUCGCGAACGUCGAGGUGCCCUUCCGCGAGGCGGACUGCGACUACCCGCUCCUCGGCUGGCAGUCCCACGCCUGCAAGGCUUUGCUCGAGGGCAUCGCGCGCGUGCCCGGCUGGCUCGCGGAGCGGCGGACGCUGGGAGCCUUCGGCAACGUGCCGCUCGGCAACCUCGGCGCGGCGCCGCUCGUCACCGUCGCCGACGCCGUCUUCGGCCGCGAGCUCCGGAAGCACCGCCACGUGCUCUGGGCCUCCGAGGCGGACGCGCCGGAUCUCGGCGGGCCCCGCUACGGCAACUCGUCCAUCGGCGACGACGACGACGAGCUGCCCAUCCGCGGCGUCGUCGAGCACCCGGGCGCGUACCGCACCGUGUCCGUGAAGUUGGACGUCUUCGGGUCCUGCGUCAACGCGGUCAUGGUCAGCGACGCGCUCGACGACGCGGGCGACCUCGACGACGGCGGCGGCUGGCACGCGACGCACGGCGAGUGCGCCCACGCCUUUCGCGUGCUGCGGGCGGCGCUGGCGGCGUGGAUCGACGACGUCGCCGCGAAGCGCGACCCCGUCGCGGACGCGCUCCUCGUCCACGUGGACCGCUGGCUCCACGACAAGCGCAGCGUGCUCCACUACCCGGCGCUGCGGCGCCUCGUGGGCUCGGCGACGCGCCGCGUCCACGCGCUGCUCGUCGCGGAGCUCCGGCGGUUGGGCGUCAAGGUCGUCCACGCGUCCGAGGGCUCCAUCGUCGUCAACACGCGCGAGACGGACGCGGCGCACGCGGCGUCGCACAUGGACUUCGUGAUUUCCACCGUCGCGGCGCGGCCCGUCUUCCGCUUCCUCCAUCUGCGGCCCGUCGCGUACUUCAAGUCGCUGCUCUGGCUCGACGGCCACAACUUCGGCGCCAUCGAGAUCCUCGGCGACGACGAGGAGGAAUUGUUGACGCAGGAGAAGGCGACGGACGAGGACGAGUCGCAGGAGGCCGUGGGGGCGGCGGAGGCGCCCGAGGAGCCCGACUCGCAGGAGGCGCUGGACUCGCCGGAGGCGGCGGGGUCGGCGGACUCGCAGGUCCAGAAGCUGCUCAAGGCGCCCGCGGCCGUGCAGGACCGCUUCGUGUCCGAGUGGGCCCUGAGCGACGGCCUGCCCGACGCGGCGCGCGACUGGUUCGCCGUGCUCGUCGGCGCCUUCCUCCACAAGCCGCUCGUCGCGGCGACGGGCGACGAGGAGCGCGACGCCGAGUACGCGCGCGACUUCGUGCAGUCGUUCACGACGUCCAAGUUGUUGAGCGUCGUCGCCGAGCUCCACAAGGACUUCCUCCACACGUCCGUGCCCCUCGACUUCGUCGUGCUCUGCUGCCGCGCGCUCGCGCUCGACGACCGCUGCGACGACGCCGUGCAGCGCGCGCGGCGGCUGCUCCUCGCGCACCUGGGCGUCCGCGAGUUCGCGCCCGCGGCGGCCAUCAAGCCGCGGCCCAUCGCCGUCAACGUGGCCAACGUCAUCUGCCCGCACUGCGACGCGACGCUCGACGUCGACCUGCACGCGUGCAAGGGCCGCGACCUGCGGAACGGCGACGCGCGCGAGCUCGACGACAAGGGCGACCCGCUGCCGCGGCGCGUGCCCUGCGCCAAGUGCGGCGGCGCCCUGUCCACGGCGCAGCUCGAGCUCAAGCUCAUCGAGCUCGUCAACGCCGUCUCCGUGCGCUACGCCGUCCAGGACAUGCGCUGCUGCAAGUGCAAGCGCGUCGCGCGGACGACGAUGCGCAAGACCUGCGAGUGCGCGGGCGAGUACGUCACGGACAUCGACACGGACAAGCUCAACGACUACUUCCGCGUCGUCAACGCCUGCGCGGGCCACUACGACAUGCUCAUGCUCGCGGAGAUCACGGCCUUCUUCCUCCCCGAGGGCGGGCCCGCGAACUACCUCUGA